UUUGUCUCAUAAAUUUAUCACAUCUUCAUUGACACCACAAAUAAGAAACUAACAAAAACCUUUUUGUCUUCUACAAAUCGUCUCCAUACAUACAUAUGACGAUAAAAAGUCUCUCUUUUCUUGCGGCUCUAUCUCUCUUUGCUUUGACACUUCCAUUAGUAAUUGCUUCCGAUCCAAGCCCCCUUCAAGACUUUUGUGUUGGUGUCAACACACCAGCAGAUGGCGUGUUUGUGAAUGGAAAGUUUUGCAAGGAUCCAAGGAUAGUUUUCGCGGAUGAUUUCUUUUUCUCGAGCCUCAACAGACCUGGAAAUACAAAUAACGCGGUUGGGUCCAACGUGACAACCGUCAAUGUUAACAACCUUGGAGGACUAAACACUCUUGGUAUCUCACUUGUUCGUAUAGACUAUGCACCCAACGGUCAGAACCCACCUCACACCCACCCACGUGCCACCGAGAUCUUGGUUGUUCAACAAGGAACUCUACUUGUAGGGUUUAUCUCAUCAAACCAAGACGGAAACCGUCUUUUCGCCAAAACACUCAACGUGGGUGACGUAUUUGUGUUUCCAGAAGGACUCAUCCAUUUCCAGUUCAACCUAGGAGGAACUCCAGCAGUUGCAAUCGCUGCUUUGAGCAGCCAAAACGCAGGUGUUAUCACAAUUGCUAACACAAUAUUUGGGUCUAAACCAGAUGUAGACCCGAAUGUUCUUGCAAGAGCAUUCCAAAUGGAUGUUAAUGCGGUCAGGAAUUUACAAGCCAGGUUCUAAUAAUGUAAUAAGAAAUAUAGUCUUUGGAAUUACUUUAUUAAUACAAGCAUGGUUCAGCCGUACUGUGACAUGUAUAUGAUGUUGGUUGUUGUUUUAUCUUAAUAAUAUUUUGGUCAUUGAUUAAUUAAUUUUCUAUUUGUGUUAAACUAUUAAGCAUGUUGUGCAUAACCUUCGUGUUUC